AUGGACAGCUCGCAGAACACCGCAACUGGCGACCUCGGCCGCCACGCCCGCCAUCAUGACCGCGAAGCGACACUCACCGGGGGCUCAGACUCCGAGGAUCCGCUUCUCAACCAACAAAAUGUGGCUGCACCUAAGCCAGCCAAGACGCCUGAACCGAAGAGUCCAUCGAUGCUCGUCAAGGAGCUGCACGAGGACAGCGACUCAUCCCCGCUAUGCAGCUCUCCUGCUCUGCGAAAUGUUCACCCCUCGAUGCCGGAUGCACACAGCGCCAGAGCGCACGACACCGCUGUCUCCCGCGUCGACGGUCCUUCUUUGCAGCAUCGCGUCUACAGGGAAGCCAACGAUGAAGAUGACAACAGCGACGGCAACGAACUCGGUGCUGGCGUGGGCAGCAGCUUGAACCCUCUCUCGGCGCCUGGACACCACAACGAGCCCCCAACGCCACUGCCAUCUGGAUUCAAGCUGCCUUCAUUUGACGACCUCCUCUUCGAUCUCCUCUUUGCCGCUGUCCUCACCGUCUACUCGAGCUCGGUCGAGCUUGGCUCGCCCGGGCAGAUCUUUGGCUUCGUCGGCUUCUUUGCGCUGCUGUGGUGGACAUGGUGGAGUCAGACGUUGUUCGACGUCCGUUUCCGCGAGGGUCCCACACGCCCGCUGUGGCUUCGAUUCCUGCAAGGCGUCGUCCGCCUUUGCCUGCUCGGCGCCUGGCUUGCCUUCGCCACAACUGUCUCUGAGUUCGCCCGGCAGAGCUUCACCAACUUCGCCGCCUGCUACGCCGUCACUCGGGCCUGUCUUGCGCUGGACCACCUCCUCGUGCUCUUCCACGGCGUCCACAAGCAUAGCCGCAAGACUUUUGUCGCUGUCAGCGUCCAGGUGGCGGUACUCAUCAUCUCUGGCCUGCUGUGGGUCCUGAGCCGCUUCUACGACCAGCGUCCUCCGGUCGGCUGGCAGCAACUCGUCAUGUGGUUCUCUGGCAUCGCCGGCGAAGCCAUUGUCCAGAUCGCGCUGGAGAAAAUCGAUAUCUUCGCGCCCACUCUGCACGAGACCAUUGUGGCGGACCGGCUCGCCACAUUUGGUCUCAUUGUGCUCGGAGAGGGCUUCAACGGCCUUGGCACCGUCAUCAACUCGAUCAGCCCGGGCACGCGAGACUGGCAGCGUGGAGGCAUCCCCAUGGGUGGCUGGGGCGGCCUGACGAUCCUGCAAGUGCUGAGCAGCCUGGUGAUCGUGGUGAUGCAGUUCUACGGUUACUUCCGUGGAGCGGUGCGCGAGAUGGAGGCGGGCGCAAUGACGGUGCUGGCGUGGGCCUACGCGCACGUCAUCCUCCAUCUCUCCAGCGCCGUCACGGUAAUCGGGCUCAAGAAGGCGGUCCUCUUCUUCAACGCGCUCUCGGCGCUGGGUCGCUACCUCGAGCAGCCGCAGAACUACCUUCCGCCGACGCCGCCCUGGUCUGAUGUGACUAGCAGCAUGCUCGUGUCCAUCUACGACGACAACAUCACCGACAUGCCGGCGGAGGUCGUUGACACGGUGCGCAGCACGAUGGCGCUGAUCCAGUCGACGAGCGGUGCCGAGAUCCCCUCGGUGGACCAGGUGGUCGCGAUGCGCAACGUCACGGCGGCCGUGACCCCGGUGACUUGGGAUGCGCCGUUGCGUCUCCAGUUCAGCGACAUGUUUGGCGCCACGUCUGCCAUCAGCGAUGCCAACUCGUACCUCGAGUAUGUCGAAGGCGAGCUCUUCCACUUCAAGUAUCUCAUUGCCGCCUGCGCCAUCUUUCUGGCCGGCGACGUGGUGGUCAAGCUGCUGCAGUACAGCUCGAAGGGGGAGUGGCGGAGGUGGUUGCCCUGCCUCGUCUCGCGCUUUGUCUUUUCGCUGGUGCUGGUGGCGCUGCAGCUGGUCUAUGUCACGUUCGAUGGUGUUCCCAGCUCUGCGGCGUUGACGGGAGCGCUGGCGAUAGUGGCGUCGAUCCUGGUGGUCGAGUACCUGCUGCGCAGCAUCCUGGUGCUGCACCUUCAGAGGCGUCAGCGCCGCGGCACCGGACCCGCUGGCAAGGAAGGGUUCCGGCUGACCCGCUUUGGACCGUAG